AUGAAGUUCUCUGCCCUCGCUUUUCUUGGCGCUGCGACCGUCGUAGCAGCCGAUCUAUCCAUCCUAAGCACCAAGGAUGACUGUAACUCCAUCAAGGACAAAGGAGAAUGCGUCAGUUCUAAAGACGGAGAUGAAUCUUGUGUUUGGUGCGAAUGUCAAGCUGUGCCUUCGGUCUGCGUUUCCAAGGAUCAGGCGGAUUCCUUGCCACCUGGUGUCUUCGAAUGCUCUUCCCCGGAUGGUGAAUUCUAUUUUGUUGAGGACAAGGUGCACCAUUUGAAGGAAAAUCCCAUGGAAAAAGGUUCUGAUUUCUGUGACCCAGCAUCUAAAUCGAUUUCUGGAUACAUGGACAUCUCUGGAAGCAAGUACGAUGAAAACGGAGAAAACAAGCACCUUUUCUUCUGGAUGUUUGAAAAGCGUAAUGCUAACUUGAUAGAAUCCAAGGAAGAGAUUCCUUUCGUGGUUUGGCUCACAGGUGGGCCAGGUUGCUCAAGCACUCUUGCUUUGCUCACCGAAAACGGACCUUGCUCUGUCAACUCCGAUGGCGAAUCCACCACGACUAACCCCUACAGUUGGACCGAGGCCGCUCACGUCUUGUGGCUAGACCAACCUGCUGGUGUGGGAUACUCGUACGGAACCGAAAGUGAUACUGGAGAAGAGAUGGUAGCCGAAGAUGCCUACUACUUUUUGCAAGCCUUCUUCCAAUCACAUCCCGAAUAUGCCAAGAGUCCUCUCUUCAUUAUCGGAGAGUCUUAUGGUGGCCAUUAUGUACCAGCCAUUUCUCACCGUGUCUGGAAGGGCAACCAAGAGAAGGUUAAGAACACGAUUGAACUGAACUUUGGCGGUCUCGCUAUUGGAAAUGGGCUCACCAACCCUGAAGAACAGUACAAGUGGUAUCCAGAGAUGGUCUACCAUAACUCUCAUAACAUUACGGUAGUGAGUGAGAGUGUUUACGAAGCUAUGAAGGCCGCCGUUCCAAAGUGCACCGCCUUAAUUCACAAGUGCAACAGCGGGGAUGGACCAAUUGCUGAUUUCGCUUGCCAAGGUGCUUUUAUUGCAUGCAACCUUGGAUUGACUAGUCCUUACCAAGCCACAGGAUUGAACCCCUACGAUAUCAGCAAGAAGUGCGAACACCCUCCACUUUGCUAUGAUUUCUCACAAGUGGGCAAGUUCUUGAAUUUGGAAUCAACCAAGAAGACUUUGAACGUCGAUGAAAAGCACUCGCAUCACUGGGAUUCUUGCAACUAUGGCAUCAACAUGAAGUUCCACCACGACUGGAUGACCGAUUUCAGUGGCUACGUCAGUGAUCUUUUGGACGCUGGAUUCCCGGCUUUGAUUUAUGCUGGUGACCUCGAUUUUAUCUGCAACUACCUCGGAAACAAGGCCUGGACUCUUGGCUUGGACUGGAAGCACAAGGAUGAGUUCAACGCGGCCGAAGUGCAUGAGUGGAAGAAAGCCGGCUUGGCCCGCACUUCUAACGGAUUCACCUUCUUGCAGGUAUACGAUGGCGGACACAUGGUGCCUAGCGAUCAACCUGAAAACUCUCUUGAGAUGUUGAAGGUAUUCCUUUCCGGAGGCAAAUUUUAG